UUAUAUUUAAAAAAUAAAUUAAUGUAGAAUUUUUUAAGAUAAAAUUUCAUAUAAAAAUAGAAAGUAGAAAAAUUUCAAUAUUGUUUCUCAAUAUUUUCUUAAUUGUUUUAAAAAACUAAGUUUUAUAUCUGAUUUGUAUGUAGAAUUGUUAUGUAUGAAUACAUAUAUGUUAUGUGCAUUUAUAACUUAUAAAAGUUCAUUUACAAUUUCAAAAUGUAUUACGCAAUUCAUAUUAUAGUUUAAAAUGUAUACAUUCGUUUAUGAUUGUUAAUCCAGAAAACUAUAAAAUUAAAAGAUAUUAUAUGUACAAUAUAAAAAAUUAUUUUAAAAUGUAUGUAUGUAUGUAUAACAUAUAUAAUAUUGUAAAUAUUAUACAUAUAUGUAAAACAUUAUAUAAUAUUAUAAUGUAAUAAAAACUGGAAAAAUUUAUGUAUUUUUCUAUAUGUAUAACAUUGUGUACAAUUUAAUUUUGUAAAAUUAAUGUGUAUUAUAUUAUGUGCAGUUAAAUAAAGCAGUAAAAUGGUUAAUAUAGAAUUAAGCAUUAAGUGUGACAAUACAAAUAUUAUUUUUAAUAAUUAAAAUUCCAACAAUUAAAAAAAAUUUUAAGACUGCUAAAAUUUUACGAAUUAAAUAAGUUUGCUAUUUAGUAAAAUAAUCAAUUAAAUAAAAAAUUAAUUCUGCUACAUUAUUUUAAGAAAGUGCAUAUGCAUUUUGCAAUUGCAUUACAAUUGUGAUCAAAGAUGUCAGUCAUAUUCGUAGAAUUUUGAUGACUACUAUAAGCAAUUUUCUUAAGAAAAUCAGGUCAAUAAUGAUUGAAUCAAAAGUUGUUCACACAUGCACAUGUAUGCACACAUGUAUCCAAUGUAUAUUGUUGCGACAUAAUUAACGAGUUAAAUUUCAUAACGUUGUAAUGAUAGGAUAUAUAUACAAUCAUUAAAUCAUCGUAUGAGGCAGUGCACUUUUGAUCAUGACCGAGUUCAGUUCGUUUUCGGAGAUAUCAGUACAAAGACCAUAACAUCAAUUAAAGGAAUACAAUAACAGAUGAUUAAUAUGUAUGAGAAAAUUUUUUUGUGUCUUUUGAUCUUAUUUGUGAUUGUCUAUUCGGAGGAAGUUUCUACUGCUAGAAAUGCCGAAAGUGCAGAUUUUGUAAAUUUAAGAUUAUCAACAAGUCUACCUUAUCCAUCAAUGCAUAAUGACGAACCUCUCGUAAAAGAUAAUUCAAAGAGAUCGCUUGUUUUACUAAUGCCACUAUCACAGACACAAAAUGAACAUAAAAAGCCAAAAGAAAUAGUACAAAAAACAAAGCGUUGCGAUACACGACAUCGGAAAAAUAAAUUAAUGUUAUUAUCGGCAAAGAAAGAUAGUAACAGAAAGAGAACCACUGAUAAGAAUAUCAACGUAGAAAUCUCUAAACAAAAUUCAGAUGAUCAUAUCGUGAAUAAAGCAAAAUAUUCACAGGAGAACUCGGAUACAUCAAAAAGAAUGGUAGAUGAUACAUAUGAAGAUAAAAUGCUUCUGCGAGCUCUUAAGGACAAUUUAAAUGUGGAGGAUGUAAUUGUAAAUUUGAAAUCUCAAGAAAAGACAAAGAAAUGUAAUUCAGAAAAAUAUAUUUGUCAUUGCAAAGAAGAUGAUUCUUUCUCUAGCUCAUCAGAGGAAAGUUUUUCAAAAAUGUUAAGUUCCUCUAAAACAGACAAACCCGAAAGGGCAAAUCAUCAGAGAUUAAUAAAAUAUAAAAACACGAAACCAGACAUCUUACAACAAAAAUUAUACCACGAAAGUCCUUACAAAUUGCCCUUCCCUAAUCUAAUCGAUUAUUUUGCAGUACAACCUUAUCAAGAAAAUCUAAACUAUAUUCCUCCUGUACCAAUUAUAUAUGAAAUAACGCCAAAUGUUUCACCUCACAUGAUUGGAAAUGAAAAAAAAUAUGUCGGAAUGCCAUUUACUUCAUUUGAGGACACACCAAAUUAUUUAGGUGAAAAUAGUCAAUAUCAACCGAUUCAUCAAAAACCAUAUCUUUGCUCAUCUGUAACUGAAAAACCACAAAUUGAAAAUUCCAUAUCAGUUACUUCACCUUCGACAAACUAUAUUGAUGCAUCAACUAAUAAAGAAACAACAAAUGAUCUUGAAUCAAACAAUUCGAUUGCUAUCACCAAAGAGGAUCAAGAAGGUUCUACUAAAUUAACUACAGAAACUCUAAAUUCAGAUGCUAGAUCAGUUCAUUCAGAAACAGAAACUAAUUUAUAUCUUAAUUAUCCAACUAAUGUAAAUAAAGAAAGUAACACUAUAAGUCCUGUUGAUUUAGAUAAAGUUGUGCAUAAAUCAGAAGAUUAUGCAGAACAGACCGAAAAAAAUCCAAAUAAUAAUUUGUCAGAUUAUGUUGGUAUAAGCAGCACCCCAUCCAUUAUCUUCGAUGAAACGAACGACGGAAAAUUUAUAAGCAUGAAAGAAUGCAUACAGCUAUUUGGUCGCGACGUGUGCGUACUCAGUGCGACAUCGCCAAGAAAGUUUGCUAAACCGGCGCAAAACAACAAUCCCGAGAAGUAUCCUAUUAGAAUUCCGGAAUAUGUCACACAAAUGUCCACCAAACAAGAAACAACAUUGAGCAGCACCAAUUACGCGGAUAAAUUCAAAACAUCUGACCAAAGAAACUCUGCAUCAGAAACAAGUACCAAAUCAAAUGCCGAUGAAGCUUCUUUACUUGACUCUCAUCCACAAUCUAUCGAACAAAUUUCUAAGCCAGACGUCAACUAUAAAGAUAAAUCAUUUAGUAUUGUAAAAAAUGCACAUAUACCAAUCAAGAAAUUAAUGGAUCCGAAAAUUGAUGAAACCACGAAGACGGAAAAAAAUAAAUUAUUAGGAAAGAGCAAAAGUCAUACAACUAAAUUAGUAUUAAACUCAAAUGCUGAGGAAAUAGCAAAUUCAACUACAGAUGAGAGAUUUCUUCAUCCUACUCCUUUAUAUGACUCUAAUAAUAACAAAGAAGUAAACAAUUUAAAAAUUAAUCAACAGAAUCGAGUUACAAACGGAAAUUCUAAUUCAAAUACUUUUCAAAUAGAAGAGACAACAGUUAUUAAUUACGAUUCUAAAACUAAUUUUAAAGAGAAAGAAGAAAAAGAAAUAAUAGGAAUAGGAGCCAAUACUCAUUCGGGAGAUAUUUCUCAAGAACAACCUACAACAAUGCAGUAUUUCAACGAUAAAAAAUCAAGUAAUUUAAAUAAUAAAGAUACCACCAGCAAUCUCGAAACGAUUAUCGAUUCAUCAACAAGUAGAUUACCAUUUUGUGACAAUACUUUGCUUUUGAACUCCAUCAGAAAAGUCAUCAAUGACUUUGCAUUGGAUCCUCGCUUAACCAAGACAAAUAAUUUUGAUGAAGAUAUGCUUCAAACGCAAGGUAAAAAUUUAUUGCCAGAAAUUCUGCAAAUUCCACAUCUAAAAAACAUUUUGUCAAUACCACGAAUAGAGAGCACGAUUGUAGAAAAGGUGAAAGAUAUUUUGUCCCACGUCACAGAUAUUCCCAGAAAAGAUUUUACAAACGACUGGUCACACGGUGUGAUUAAAAACACUUUGCACAGCAUAUUGGAUGCUCUUUCCGGUUUUCAACACAACCUUCCACCGAUGACAUUUGAGGAGCAUCAAUUCAAAGACGGACAAUGGAAAACCAAUUUAGUGACCUUAGCACCCAUUUCAGAUCAAAAGUUAUCGUUAGCAACACCGAAAAAUUUGCAAGAGAGCAUCAAGGAUCUUCUGAGCUCUUCGGCAAUCGCAUCACAAAUUGACCAUCAUAUCGUGCGGAAUAUGAUUGUGCAAAGCGUGAAGAACAGUUUAACCAACAAAUAUGAUACAAUAGACGAUUCAAUAAUUCAUACGCUAAAUGAUAUUCUUCAUACGUUAAAAGAUUCAGAAAAUACUAAUGCAUUAGAAAAAAGCAAUGAAGUUAUUAGUAAUGAAGAAGAUACAGACGCAAUUAUGCAAGAAAUGCCAAUAAGCAGGAAAGAAAUUAACGCUGAUAAUUCAACAUUAAAAGGCAAACAGAAUCUUGACAUAAAAAAGGGUGAAAAAAUGGACAAUAAAAAAAUACAAACCACAGAUUAUCAGAAAACUAAGAUAUUAGAAAACAACGAAAAUAUAUUGACUACUUCUGAAUUUCCGUAUUUGUUACAUAAAGAAAAAGAAAAAGACACAACAAAUAAAGCUAAAAUAAAAGAACAUAUUAGAGAUCAAACUUUGAAGAAGAUAAAAAAGAUAGAAGAUGAUGCAGAAAAGAAAGCUGAAUCCCCACUGAAACCCAAAAUAACUUAUCACAAAGCUAUUUUACAAAAUAAUCCUAGUGUAUUGACAACUUUUGACAACAACUUUGACACAAAGGAGUAUUCAACAGAGACUGAAGAAUACAUAAAAAAUCAUCACGUCGAUAAAGAAAGUGAUAAAAAUACAAUAAAUCUUAUGCAAGAAACUUCACCCAAUUACGUACAAGUAACGAAUGAUGAUAUAACAGAUAUGGUAGGUAUGAAUGUUAAAGAGGAAGUCAAACAUAAAAAUGAAAAACCUAUGGUUACUUCAACUGAUGGGAUUGAUCCACUAAUAAUAUUGGAAAGAAUUAAGUUUAAUCUACCACCAACUAAAUAUUACUCGCCGGAGAUUUUAAAAUACUCAACAAAUCGUAUUGAUGAUAAAAAUGAAAUUACGACAGCAUCCACAAAUUACGUGCAAGAAACUCCAUUCAAUUAUGAACAACUGUCGGAAGGCACAAUUUUACAGAAUGUAGCAAAGACUAGAAAUGACGGAGACAAAAUGAAAUCCCCAUUAACAACUACAUUUAAUAAUUUAAUUUCACCUACAAAUAUAGAAAGUACAGAUUACAAGCCUAAACUUACUUCUUUAACAGAUAAAAAUAUUUUAGAAUCACAACAGCACAAUUUCACUGACGAUAAUAUUAUUAAAAUCCACGAAGUUACUACGGAAGUUCAAAAAACCUAUGCAAAAACUACGUACUUCAAGGCAGGACCUUCUAGCGAUAGCCCAAGAAUCAAUUCACCCUCAUUAACUUAUGAAACCACAGAUAUACAUGUAAAUAACAAUAAUAACGAGAACAAUAAUAGCAACAGCGGGAAUAAUAAUAACAAACUAAUUGCAGGUAACAAGAUAAGUAAUACUGAUAAUAAAGCAAAAGAGAUGAUUGUUUCUUCUUCUAAAUCAUUCGCCACAGACGAUAUCUCUCCUCCCCAGUUUCCUUCAACAGCUUCCGAUGACAUCGCGGAACUUCAAAGAUCGCAACUUUACUACGUCAGUGACGGCAUGAAACUACCACUGGAGAUAAAAAGAUUGGAAGAUGGUUCUCAUGCAUUAUCGAUCUCUAAAAAUAUAUGCCAGCAGCUUCUAACAAGACAAUGUCCCUGUUGCGUGCCGCUGCAAGGACAGAUAAUUCAGUCAUUAAAGAGUCAUCAGCAAGAAGAUAUGCAUCCGAUGACUUCAACAACUGCAGAAAAGAAAAAUCAAGAAAAUGUGUUUGAAAAUAAUAUUAAAAGAGAUUAUAAACCAUUUAACACAAUUAUUACGAGAAGAAACACCUUAAAAGAGUCAAAAAAAGAAGAACAAGAGGAAACUAACGCACAUCAUUUACGAAAACAAAAUGAUGAUAAUCCGAUAAUAAUUUCAAUGCCUGUUAUCGAUUUCGCAAGAAAAUAUAAUCUAUUGCUUAAUUUCAAUGAGAAAGGAAUAUUAUUUAAUAAAGCUGAAUUGCAAAACAAAAUACAAAAUUAUGAUAAAUCACUAAUAAAAGAACAUGAACACGAUCAAACGGAAGAAAAAAAUCUCAAUAAUUAUCUCAAUGUCAAGAAAAAUAGAUUAUUGGAAAAUAACGACGCAAUUGAUCAAUUUCAAGAUUUAAUAAAUGUUCGCGAGAAAAAGAAUAUUCCAAAUUUCUCAAUGUUUCCAAUUACUCAACAAAUGUCUAAUUUGGGGAAGAAUUCUAGAGAAUUUGAGGUGCUAAAAGCAAAUGCAGAAAUGAAUCAGUCCCAAAUAGAUCAAAAAUUAAAAUUACGUGAGGUUGAAACUGUAAACGAUAUUCAAAAUAUGAACAUUGUACAAGAGACAAAUCUCGAAAAUCAAACAAAGAUAAAUCCCAUUCUUCAAGGAAUUAAUAAUCCUGAAAACUUCAAAAUAGACAAAGAAAUAAAUUGGGAUAAACUAUCGAAUAUUGAAGAAGGUAAUACCAGGCUUCUCCAUAAAAAAGAAAAUAGAGAGGAAGCAGAAUCGAUUAACAAUGAAUACGUUUCAGAAGUGAAAAAUUUCAAAGAAAAUAUUGGAAAAUCGUACAGACAUCAACGAAAUACAAAUAAUGUUCCAAAUAAAAGGACGGAACUAAUAAAAUCUAUGCUUUAUUGGUUAAAAGAUCUUUUUGUAGAUAAAUAAGUACAUAAACAGAAAUAGAGAAUGGUCUUUAAUAAAUAUGUAUAUAAUGCUUUAUAUUCGUAUUAAAAUAUUCUAUAUAUACAUAUAUUUAAUAAUUAUUGUAAUGAUAUUUAAUAAUUAUUGUAAAUUGUAUAACUUUCAAUUGUAGCUUUUAAUUCCUAUAUUUUGCAGGUAUCAAUAAUUAAAAUAAAACUAAUUGUAUUAUUAAA